CAUUUUGGAUUGAGUGUGGAUGAGGCUGAAGGAAGAGGAGGAGCGGCGGUGAGGGAAAAAGAGAGAGGAAAGGGGGGAGGGAAAGGAGGAGGCCGCCGCCGUUGUCGUGGUGCGCGCGCAGCUGUAGUGGACUCGCCGCCGCCGCCGCCUUUGCUCGGUCGAGGCCUGAGCCUGAGGGGAGGCCUGGAAGGAGAAGGGGAGACGUCGCGCCGCCGUCGCCGCCACCACCAGAGCCAAGCUGCCCAGUCACCAGCCCCCCGAGCCCAGUGCCACCAUGGCAACUGCACCUUACAACUAUUCCUACAUCUUUAAGUACAUCAUUAUUGGAGACAUGGGUGUAGGAAAAUCCUGUUUGCUCCACCAGUUUACAGAAAAGAAAUUUAUGGCAGAUUGUCCCCACACGAUUGGUGUUGAGUUUGGUACAAGAAUAAUUGAAGUUAGCGGCCAAAAAAUUAAGCUGCAGAUCUGGGAUACGGCGGGACAGGAGCGAUUCAGGGCUGUCACACGGAGCUACUACAGAGGAGCAGCAGGCGCUCUUAUGGUCUACGAUAUUACUAGAAGAAGCACGUAUAACCAUCUAAGCAGCUGGCUGACGGAUGCGAGGAACCUCACUAAUCCAAAUACUGUGAUAAUCCUUAUAGGAAAUAAAGCGGAUCUGGAAGCACAGAGGGAUGUUACAUAUGAAGAAGCCAAACAGUUUGCUGAAGAGAACGGAUUGCUGUUCCUUGAAGCAAGUGCAAAAACAGGAGAGAAUGUUGAGGAUGCAUUCCUAGAGGCUGCCAAGAAAAUCUACCAGAAUAUCCAAGAUGGGAGCCUGGAUCUGAAUGCUGCCGAGUCAGGUGUACAGCACAAACCUUCGGCUCCGCAGGGUGGCCGGCUAACCAGUGAACCCCAGCCCCAGAGAGAAGGCUGCGGCUGCUAGUGACCUCAACUCCUCAGCUCUGUUUCUGACCUUAAACCUCUGUUGGGAGCAGUGCUUUUGGCUGCUUCAGUCUCCUCUGUACAUCUUACUGGGUUUAAUUAAAACUCUUGAGGCAACAGUUUAACACAGUACUAAACUGCUAAAAUUAAAAAAGAAACUUAGAUGUAAUCAGGUUAUCAAAGGCAAGUAGAGUCAAACCCUCUCCCUGCAUGGUGAAUCUAGAAGUCUUUCCCCCCCUCCCGAUCGUCCUUGUGAAUAGUGUCACCGAUCCAUGAUUUACACAACAGAGCACUGAUGCUGGCCCUCAUGAUUUUUACUCUUCCUCCCUCCCUCCCUUCGCAGGGCUUUGUCUCUCUUGUAAGGUUUAACUUUGUUAGCUUCAGCAUUUCCUCCCGACCUGUAACUGUUCUCAGUCUGUCCUUUUAGUAACCAAGAGGUUGACUUACUGUGGAUUGGCUUCCAAGGGAUAGCGCAGGUGGAGCCCACAGGACGUGCAUCUCAUUGAUAGGAUUCCCCAUGAUGCAGUCAGGGAAGUGGGGGGGGACCCCAUCCCAGGGUUGUAUGUUUUCAUCCGUCUUAACCGAGCACAUGGCAAGUAUUUUCAGGCCCUGCAGUUUGAUGCUGCUGCCCCGGCCCCCUCCUUUUGGAUUUUUAUCCCCCGACCCUUGUGAACAGAACGUAAAUAUGUAUAAAUUUUGAAGGAACCGAGCUAACACACUUAAGUACCUUCUGUGUAUAUGAUUUUAAUGAGAAAUAAUGCUGAUUACUGGUAUUAGAACGACGCAUAUGGAUAUAUCGGUCUGUACAGUUCAACCUAAUACAUGACCACAUUGCCCUGCUUAGUAAAACCGCAGUCCACUUAUUGUAGGCUUAAUUCUGUGGCACUGGCAUUUGGGAGGUUGCCGUUGGGAAGCCGGGUCCCUGCCAUGGUGCCAGAGGCAUAUCCACCCCAAUGUAGUGAUCUGGCCAUUUAUUGCUGUUUGCUGAUACUCCUGGUCUUGUGCAAUUGAUGGUGUGCUUUUCCUUUUCCUUUCUCUUUUGGUAAGAACUCUGCAUUGAUCCAGCUUAAUUUCCUGCCUUAUUGUAUAGGAAGGCUGGGCUCUAUUGCACAUUUUUAUGCUUUUUAUGAAAAGGUUGUUCUCAACUAGACUGUCAUGAGUCUUUUGCUCUUUAGAAUUUUGAACUACACGGUGGCAUUUGACACUACAGUUGAAUAGUUUUCACAUGCUCCUGCUAAAUUCUUCCUCACUGCUGUAAGGUGGCAAGGAUCUUUCCUGAAAGCACUAGCGCAAAGCAGUUGUUCCUCUGCAGACCUGACUUUCUGCUGUGGUGUGAGCCAUGUUGUGUAAACAAUCUUUACUCUGUACUGUACUCUCCUUGGCAACAUGGCCUUUAUUUUGCAAAGGAAGGUCAAUGAGUGGUUGAGCACGAUUGAGGCGAGAUGAGCAUGUUUGAACAUUUUGACUGCAAUGAUUCAAAUACAACAGUUUAGAAAUCCCUGUAAGACACUAAGCAAGGCUGUGUUCCAAUAUGUAAGCAAAGGGUGAUAACCAGCAUAUUGUACAGUCAAUGUUAAAUAAAAGCCAAAACUGGAAUGUGCAAAUGAUUAGUGUUUGGGUAACUUGUGCACUGUUCCUUGGUGGUUUUCCUUUCUUUUCUUUUUUUCUCCCUGAAUCUGGUUAGGUUCUUGCCUCCUCCCAAGUUUCUUAAAAUAGAUGAGUAUAAUAACAUUUUUUUGCUAAAUGAAUUGCACCAGGUGGGGGAUUUUGCCCAGGGACCAUGACCUUUGAUUCAACUAAGUUUGGGCAAAAGCAAUCACUUCCUGCAGCUUGUUGGUGAUGCAAUACCCCCCCCCCCCCUUUACAUUUCCCCAGACGGAAUUUACAGUAGGUCUUUGUUUCUGUGACAAGACUUAUUUGGGCUGCUGUACUCAUUUAAUGUAACAAUGCUAUUAUCUAAAUAUUUGUAAAUAAAGUACCUGUAUCUAGAUAA